AUCACACACACACACACGAGCUCGAGGAAGAAGAUGAACAGGAACUCGAAGCUCUCGGCAAUGGCGACGAACGCUCUCGGCAACACUAGCUCUCGUGCUCAGAGGCAUGGACAGCGUUGGUGCCGGCGGCACCAUCAACGCCGACCGGGUGUUCCGUGUCCUUGUGGACGAGCUCUGGUUUGCAAGUGAUUUCUAUUAUUCCCCUAUCCCUCUGUGCUCCUUCGGCGGAUGGUGCGCCUCUCUUAACUACCUCUUCUCUGUCCUGAUCAUCGCCGGAGCCGUAGCCGUGGGAUGGAUUUAUCAAGACAAGGAUGUGGUGAGUUCCACACCAUAUAAGGUCGUCACUUUCUCCCUCCUGCUUGUCAUCGUGCUCGUUGAGACAUGGGAGAUCGUCGGCGGCGUGUGCUCCAACUGGACCAAGAUGGCCUUGCUUGGCCACUACAUCAGGCACGAGUCGGCGUGGCGCCGAUCCAGCUGCCUCCACGCGGCGCUUGCCGCGAUGUUGCGGCUCAGGCCGGCGAGGCGGUGGUGUGACAAGAUUGGUCAGAACUCGGUGCUGGAGUCCAGCCGGUUCCGCAGGCGGACCGGGCUUCUCUCGGAGCAAAUCUACGGCCACGCAGGGCUCAUGACGUCUGUCCAGGUCUUGCCGGCCGUGAAGGACGCGGUGCUCAGGUCACUGCUGAGCAGCUACGGGAGGCUGAGAAAAGGCGGCGCCGCGCCGCGGCGUGUCGGUGGCAAGGUCGACUGGGCGAUGUACGAUUCCCGAAAAAGCUGGGCGUGGGACGGCGAAGGAAGCAGCAACACCGAACUUAUCCUCAUGUGGCACGUCGGCACGAGGCUCUUCGAGAUGAAGUCGACGUCAGCCUCGCCGGACAUGAUCGCCGCCUGCCACCUCUCCUACUACUGCGCGUACCUGGUGGCAGUGGCGCCGGAGCUGCUGCCGGACUGCGCCGCGUGGACUGAAAAACGGUACAAGGAGGUGUUGGAGGACGUGCGCGAGGCGUUGGGGGAGGACGGCGGCGCCGGCAGCGAGUCAACGGCGGAGAGGUACGGGCGGGUGGUGCAGGCGCUGAGCGCGGACUCGCGGGAUAAGGUGCUCCGGAGGGGCGCGGAGCUCGGACGGCACCUGGUGGAGGAGUACGCCGAGGAGGAGGCGUCGGCGUGUCAGAUCCUAGCGGACUUCUGGUCCGAGAUGGUGCUCUACGUGGCGCCGUCCGAGAAUGUCAAGGGUCACGUGCAAGCCAUGGCGCGCGGCGGCGAGUUCAUCACGCUCGUCUGGGCGUUGCUCCUGCACGCCGGCGUCACCACCAGACCUGCUGGGACGCCAGGCGGUGCUAUCCCGUAAUAACCUGUCAGAGCGAAUGAAAAUUAUCGUGUGGUCAGUUACCUUGUUGCUUUUCUUUUCCAUGCAUCUGUGUUCGACUGUUUCUCCUCAAUAAGGUAUGCAUGCAUGCAUACUCGAAACUAUGUACGCUCACGUACGUUAGCACGAAGCUCGUUUGUACGCGUGUUGUGUGUCUGUUUGAUCCUAUUACCUAUUUUGCAUUGUGUGUAUCUAUAUGUACGCUAUGAUAUCCGCCGCUUUGCAU